AUGCUGGAAAGAUUUGCUCAGCACUUCGACCAGUUGUUAAAUCUGCCUGGAAACGUGGAUAGUGCUGCUCUUGCGAGCAUCACCCAACGUCCAACAGUCCACGUACUGGAUGAGCCCCCAAAGAUGGAUGAACUUCUGAAGGCGAUCGCAGCAACUAAGGAAAGCAAAGCUCCUGGAUGUUGUGGGAUACCUGCAGAAGUAUGGAAGUAUGGUGGUACAACACUCAAAGAGAGGUUGCUAGAUGUGAUCGGAGAUAUCUGGAUAGGAGAGAAGAUUCCACAAGAUUGGAAGGACGCGAAUAUAGUCCCUAUAUUCAAGAAAGGCAGUCGUAAAGAGUGCGGCAACUAUCGCGGCAUUUUCUACUCUCAAUCGCUGGGAAGGCGGCUUGUGGGCAGUACUGAAAAGUUUGGCUGUACUGAUAAGAUUAUCAAUCUCGUGAAAGCGUUUCACGAAGGAAUGCAAGCUAAAGUCACUCGUGGGAGCGACUGCUCUGAGGGAUUCGCUGUCUCAACAGGUGUAAAGCAAGGGUGUGUGCUGGCUCCGACACUGUUCUCAUUCUACCUGGCUGCCAUGCUGGAGGUUGCCUUCGAGGACACAAGGGAAGGUAUCUACAUCCAGACUAGACAUGAUGGGAACCUAUUCAACGCCUCACACUUCAAAGCUAAGACACGCACAACACGUCAGCUUGUCAGAGAUAUGCUUUUUGCAGACGACUGUGCUCUGGUUGCUCACAGUGCAGCAGAGAUGCAGGCAUUGGUGGACAAAUUUGCACAAGCUGCCGCUAUGUUUAGCCUCAAGAUAAACAUCAAAAAGACUGAGUGCCUCUACCAGCCAGUAAAGCUUCUACUCCCUCCCCCAAAACCCUGUGCAAUCACCAUUGACGGACAGCCUCUUGUCCAGACCACAGACUUCAACUACCUGGGUAGUACAAUCUCCAGCAAUGCUAAGAUUGAAAAGGAGCUGAGGAACAGAAUGGGAAGGGCGAGUGCAGCGUUCAGUCAACUAAACGAUCGGCUAUGGCAAAAUAAGCAUGUCUCGACCAGAGUUAAAGCCAAGGUCUAUCAGGCGGUGGUGCUGACAACACUCCUUUAUGGAGCAGAGGCAUGGACAAUCUACAGGCUUCAAGUAAAGAAACUGAGUGCGUAUAUGAUGAGACAUUUGCGGGACAUUCUGAAGAUAUCAUGGCGGGACAAGAUUGCAAAUGCUAAGAUUCUCCGUCUGACUGACCUGCCACACAUGGCUGACAUGCUGAUUCAAAAGAAUUUAAGAUGGAUUAGUCAUGUCCAUCGUAUGGAGAGAUCUCGUUUACCACGCCAGCUAUUGUACAGCCAACUAGUAGAAGGGAAACGAAACCAAGGCCGACCUCGACUCAGACUCAAAGAUGUCAUGAAACGAAAUCUAAAGAGGAGAGACAUCAACGUGACAACCUGGAAGCAAUUGGCUGAUAACAGACCGGCCUGGAGAGCUUCAAUCCAACCAUAG